UCCAUCGAGUGAGUCCAAACAGUUCCCAAAACAGUAGUGGUAAGGUGGCGGCCGAGUGAGCAGCGUCACAGUUACUGCUAGUGCUCGAUUGGCUCGUUAGUGUGCGUUUGGAAAAACAAAAACAGUGCAGGGGUUGAUGUCACGGAUUAAGCGACAAGAUUGAAAAUAUGAAAUUAGUUCCGGGCCCUUUGCCGCCGAUUCCUACAAGUAGUUCGAUGGAUCGUCUCGCCUUGCCUUUGCCUUUCAGUCCUGAUUCGCUCUUGUGGCGAUAUCCGCUCGGCUUCGCCUCGAUCGGAGCCCAACAGCCCCCUUCUUCACCUCUGAUGGACUACAAAAGCCAACUGCCCUCAAAUCUUGCUUCCGACCCUAGGGUCUGGUCCCGGGAUGAUGUCACGACGUUUCUGCGAUGGGCCGAACGCGAAUUCGACUUGCAACCCAUCGAUAUGGACAUGUUUCAGAUGAACGGCAAAGCGAUUUGUCUUUUGACUCGAACGGAUUUGGCUGAAAGAGCUCCCGGCUCGGGGGACGUCCUCUACAACGUUCUCCAGCUUCUCGUCAGGGAUGCCAACAACUUGCAGCGAAUGUUGCCGUCCAGUCCAGUCACUCCUACCUCGCGCCACCCUUAUCCACUGUCUCCUCAUUCGCAUCCACCGACCCCUAAUUGGAAUAUCCUGACCCAAAAUAGUGAUCCUUUUCAUCCCUCGCACGCUGCAUCCAUCGCGGCACACAUAAUGGCUCAGAGCAAUUCGGUGACGUUGAGUCCAGCGCCCUCUGUGGACAGCCAAGCUGGCAGCCCCCAACAUGCCGACAAUCCGCAAACGUUCGGCCAUUCCAUUUUCAGUACAGGGGCGAGCAAUGGAAGUGGAAGUAAUCCGUCCGAUUCCGACGAAGACGGACACACCGGAAGCCCCCCUAAUACGCCCAGUGCGUAUUCGUUGCCACCACCACUGCCACACGGCGCCCCGAGGAGCCCCAAGGAGGUUGCAGGGAGUCCCGGAGUUUUUAAAGCUGUCGGAAGGGAGUUUUUCCCGAAUGAAUCUCCAGAACCCAACACAAAUGGGCGUUUAUUGUGGGAUUUUCUCCAACAACUACUCAACGAUCCUGCUCAACGUUACACCAAUUAUAUCGCAUGGAAAAACCGCGAUACUGGCGUAUUCAAAAUCGUUGAUCCAGCUGGAUUGGCCAAGCUUUGGGGAAUCCAGAAGAAUCACCUUUCAAUGAAUUACGACAAAAUGUCACGUGCCUUGCGGUAUUAUUACAGAGUAAAUAUUUUAAGGAAAGUACAAGGGGAGCGACACUGCUAUCAGUUUUUGCGGAAUCCGACCGAGUUGAAAAACAUCAAAAACAUCUCGUUGUUGCGUCAAAUGUCGCCGACCAAUUUGAAGCCUCCGGCGCAGAUCGUUCCGAGUGUGACAAUCAAGCCAGAGCCUGUUGAAAGUGAGAGCGAUACAAACCGGGGCGAUUAUGACGAAAAGCCGACCGAUUUGAGUAUAACAAUGGAGGGGCCCACAGAUUUGAGCAGUAGUAGCCGACAUGUGAACAUAAUUUGUUCGCCGGACCCGCCCAUACCGCCCCAGCAUCACUAGCGACAGUGUGAUGGACCUAUCAAUGUGCAUUAUUAGUGACAAUACUGGUGCCAAUAUUUAUAAGACUUGUGCAAAGGAAUAGUGAUGAUGAAAAUGUGUAUAUAGUUAAUUUUUUAAGAAGAAAAAAUAUAUUUUGGGUUUUUAAAGCGGUCUGCUUUAAAAAUCUUUUAUACGCAUGUGCCAAAAUAAAUUAUUUUUUCAUUUGGUCACGAGGGUGACUGCCGAAGGCAGCUUUUUUGGGUGAUCCUCAAACAAUGACAAUAAUUAAAUUCAAUGUACAAAGAAGUUGGACUGGAAGGAAAUUGAUUUUUUGAUUGUACCACAUUCCAAUUUUGUGGCAUUUGCUGCUUUUUCAUAUGGAAAAAUUUACGCGUGGCUGAACUGUUUCCAGUUCUAUUUCUGUGAUCUCUUAAUGUUUGACUCAAUUUUUUGUGUGAUUUUAAAAAGAAUGUAUAAUGCUUUAUGUAUUCUGUACAUAUUUUUACUGCAUAUUCAAAGAUAAUAGUCUUAAGUUUGUAAGGGUGGAUAACCUAAUGGCUUUAUUUUUUAAAAGUGAAUCGAAUUUUGUGUCAAUUGGUAUAUUGUUCCCAUGUUAUCAGUUCUGUACAUAUGUUAUAAAUUAGCUACCUUUCAAAUACAACGCUGUCUUAAUAUGUUUUGUAUGAGAAUUUAUUGUUAACGAAGAUAUGACAAGUUUGAAAUAUACCUUUACAGCAAUCUA